UGCGCGGCCCUCUAAGGUCACCUUGAAACGUCCAAACGUCGUGCAGGUGACUUCUGACAGCCGCCCGUGUGGAGUGGAAGCAUCUUUUAUCGGCGAACGAGCAUAAACAUUCUGAAGUAGGAGUUCAAGUUCAUUACAGCCGGUUUGCGAAGUAUAUUUACACAUGAUGGAGGAAGAGCUGGCAGCACAGAAGUUUAUCAAACCCGGUAGCCAUAAAGGCAAGGGUAUCGCAGUCUUCACUAGUGGUGGAGAUUCGCAAGGUAUGAAUGCGGCUGUGCGUGCGGUAGUACGAAUGAGUAUUUACUUGGGCUGCAAAGUAUUCUUUAUCAAGGAAGGCUAUCAAGGUAUGGUAGAUGGAGGAGACAAUAUCGUUGAAGCAACGUGGUCAUCUGUAUCCUGCAUUAUUCACAAGGGUGGAACUGUGAUUGGAUCAGCUCGAUGCAUGGAUUUCAAAGAGCGUGCCGGACGGCGCAAGGCUGCCAAGAACUUGGUAGCUCGUGGAAUUACUAAUUUGGUUGUCAUCGGUGGUGACGGUUCUUUGACGGGAGCGAAUUUGUUCAAGGAAGAAUGGCCAGAACUACUGAAAGAGCUCACCGAAGCUGGUGAGAUAACCCUUGAGCAAAGAGACAAAUACCAACAUCUUCAUAUUGCUGGAAUGGUGGGAUCAAUCGACAAUGAUUUUUGUGGAACUGAUAUGACUAUUGGAACAGACUCUGCUUUGCACCGUAUUAUAGAAAGUAUAGAUGCUAUUGUUAGUACUGCCUAUUCUCAUCAGCGCACGUUUAUCAUGGAAGUAAUGGGUCGUCACUGUGGGUACCUGGCUAUUGUUGGAGCUCUAGCCUCCGAGGCCGACUAUGUAUUCUUCCCAGAAAGUCCACCCCCUGCAGACUGGCCUGAAAAACUUUGUAGAAAGUUGGAACAGGAGCGUCUCACUGGACAGCGUCUAAACAUCAUUAUAGUCGCAGAGGGUGCAGUUGACAGGAAUGGGGACCCGAUUACUGCUGAGAAAGUGCACAAAGUCGUUGUGGAUAAACUCCAUCAAGAUACACGAAUAACUGUUUUAGGCCAUGUCCAAAGAGGAGGAAAUCCAUCAGCUUUUGACAGAGUUUUGGGAUGUAGGAUGGGUGCUGAAGCUGUCAUGGCUCUCAUGGAGGCAGAAGGGGACACAGAAGCCUGCGUAGUCACUCUGGACGGUAAUCAAGCUGUGCGUCUUCCUUUGAUGGAAUGCGUACGUCGUACUAAGGCAGUGUCUCAGGCAAUGGCUGAAAAGAAUUGGGAUCUAGCUGUUCAACUACGUGGAAAAGGAUUUGCUCGCAACUUGGAAACCUAUAAAAUGUUAACCCGUUUGAAGGCCCCUGCUGAACCAGCUUUGGGAAAAGAUAAUGAAGGCCCCACCUUAACAAAGCAGAACACUAUGUGGGGGCAAGAUCAUUACACUCUAGCUGUGAUGCAUGUUGGUUCUCCGUCAUGCGGCAUGAAUGCCGCUGUGAGAUCUUUUGUUAGAAACUGCAUUUAUCGUGGAGAUAAGGUUUACGGAAUAUGUGAUGGUGUCCCGGGAUUUAUCGCUGGCAAACUUAAAUUGAUGGACUGGCCAUCAGUCACAGGCUGGGUAGCACAGGGUGGUGCGUAUCUAGGUACCAAAAGAGCCCCUCCAAAGGAAGAUCAAUUAUCUCAAAUUGCUCAGAGACUGAAGGAAUUCGGAAUUCAAGCACUGUUAAUAAUUGGUGGAUUUGAGGGCUACCAAACAGCAUUGACAUUCUGCGAUGCUCGAGAUAAGUUCGACGAAUUUAAGAUUCCCAUCGCCAUGAUACCUGCAACCAUCAGCAACAACGUACCAGGUACCGAAUUCUCGCUUGGUUGUGAUACUGCACUCAAUGAGAUAACAGAGAUCUGUGACCGUAUUCGUCAAUCGGCACAAGGCACAAAGCGGCGAGUGUUCAUAAUUGAAACAAUGGGUGGUUAUUGCGGAUAUCUAGCAACGGUAGCUGGGUUGGCAGGUGGUGCUGAUGCUGCAUACAUAUUCGAAGAGAAAUUUAAUAUCAAAGAUUUAAAUCAGGACGUUAUUGCUAUGGCAGCAAAGAUGUCUGAGGGUGUUCAGAGAGGAUUGAUUCUUAGAAACGAAAGUGCCAAUUUAAAUUACAACACGGACUUUAUGCAGAGAUUAUUUAGUGAGGAGGGAAAGGGAUUAUUCAGUUGCAGAUCAAACAUCAUUGGACAUAUGCAACAAGGAGGUUCGCCGACUCCUUUUGAUCGCAAUUUGGGCACUAAGAUGGGAUCUAAAGCUGUCGAAUGGUUCACUGAACAGUUGAAGAAGCACAGUACUGCCGAUGGAAAAGUUAAUGCAGUUGCUCCAGAUACAGCAGUGAUGCUGGGAAUCGUAAGACGUCAAUACAGAUACACACCGUUUCUAGAAUUGAAAGAAGUUACCGACUUUGAACACCGUAUCCCUACUUAUCAAUGGUGGAUGAAGUUACGCCCAUUAUUGAAAGUCUUAGCUAAACAUGAGUCAACCUAUCAAGAAGAAGGUCUAUAUAUAACGGUUGAAGACAUGGACUUGGCUGUUGAUGAACCAAUCCUGUAAAUACGCCGUUUUCAAAAUUUAUUAUGAGGUAAAUGUGACUCCAGGAACUUGGCUAGGAGCUGCGUGUGCGCAAUUAAAGCUUAGAUUAGGUGCUCAUAACUAGGUAUCCGGUAGUUUACUACCUUUAUCGUAAGUUUGAUGUUAUUUUCUGAAUAAUGUCAACAAAAAUGACACUAAUUAUAAAAGACAGCUUGAAAUAAGUCCCUAAAAUUUGGAAUGAACAGUCCAUAUUCAAAAAAAUCAACUGUCAUAUUUCUUCCUACAUAAACAGCUUAAAACAGGGCGUGAUUUUGAUCAAUUUGUCGUAAAUCAAAUUUUCGUCCGUCAGAUCGUUCAAGUUGUGCUUCAUGCUACUAACUCAUUAUUACACUGGAAUUAUUUAUAGCGACUAAUCACAUCAUAGCGGUCAUUUGAACAUUAGAGUAGUUUCUUACAUAUAACAUAUUUAAUCCUUCGUCUGCACACCUCUGCCACGACCUGUCGACUGAAUAUGGGAUCAAUCUGACCGCAGAUAAUAUUCGACUUUGAAUAUCUUAGUAACUACGCACUUCUCAAAAAAAUAAGGUGGCGAUAUAUUUUGAAGUCAGUUGAAUAAACUUUAUGUAUGUGCAGUAAGAUUUGCAAGACUAAAAAAUGUAACCAUUGGAAAACGUGCCUGAAGUCGACCUCACCUCUCAGUGCUAUUCAGCUGCAAAGAACAAUUUGGGGUCAAAAUGAUCCCAUGUGCAGACAAAGGGUUAACGUUAGUAAGAUACAUUUUGGCGAUAAAGCAUAGUAAUUAGUGUACUAAAAAUAACUUACAAGCAUUAUUCUGAAUAUUAGCUUUUGUUCGCUUCUCAAUACGCAUUCGGUAACACGCAAAACGGUACAUUUGAUUUAAUUACGUCACAUUAUUGAUGCAAUCUCACUAACAAAAAAUGACAAAGUUAGAUACUGCCUCUUGAAAAACAUACAAUUUUGUGUGCGUAUAUAUUGUUAUCGUCUUUUAACUAUCAUCACACAGAUAGUUAGUAUCACGAUUUUUAAUGGUAUCUAUAUGUGAGAUGGUUAAUACUGUAAUUAAAAUCCUGCAGAAUAGGAUUGAAAAGAAUCUACUUAUUACUUUAAGAAAUUCAUUCAAAAUACAAGUUUAUUCUCAGGUAAGAAUAUGAUAGGUACAAAUGCAGUACCUGAACAGCAGAAGGUAAGUUAUAAAGUAGGAAUUGAAACACAAAUUCGAAUAACGAAAACUACCGAAUGUGGUUAUUAAAUGAAUGUUGUAUACGUAAGUGUAUGAAAUAUAUAUUCGGCCAAAAUCAGACUACAGUAUUAAUAUGACUAUUGUCAUUAUUAUUACAUUACUUCUUUACUACAAUUCGCGAUCAGAAAAUUGGCAAUUAUUAUCAGAAUGAAGCAAAUGAAUUCGGAGUGAUUAUUUCUUUUGCUAUAUAAAUAAAUUAAUCUACUUUAGAUAUGAAUUGGGAUGAAUUGAAUCAAUCAGAAUGUAAAAAUAAAAAACUAUUCGAAAAAAGACUUUUUAGAUCGUAAUGGUACUAUUGUGAAUUGAAAUUUUCUCGACUAACUUUGUGGUCUAUUAUUCUGGUAUAGGAUUAAAGGUAAGGGGAAAAAAUUCGUAUGGCACUUUUAAGUUGGGGAAGAAAUUUGUAUCAUUCUGUUUAGCAUUAUUAAAAGCUAUCGAAAGCUAUUUGGAAAAUACACUCGUCUACCUCAAUAGAUAAUUCGUAAUCGUAGUUGACUAUGCAGAUAAAGUCGACUCGAAUCGCGUCGGUUGCAUGUGAUGUAUGAAAAAAAAUAAUUAAUUAAAAAAUUCGCUAAAAUUUAAGGCUUACGACCACAAAGAGGUACUUAGAAUUAAUUCAUUUUCAUUGCGAUAAAAAUUGCAUAAAAUUGAAAACUAAAUUAUUACCAAAAAUGAGACUGCAUGGGAUGAUAACGGGUUUGAGAAUGUGAUGGAAAAUUAUUCACGAAUGAAAUCAUGCGUGUAUAAACUCGCAUAAAUUAUUUUUCUUUGUUAAUUCUAUUCAGCUAUUUACAUCAUAUAUCUUUGAUUUAUAUAUCAAACUGUCGUUAGAAAAUUCUUCGAAUAGCUUUGAAGAUUUGAAGACUAGAAGAGGCAAAUGAAUCUUUUUAAGAGUGGUUGUCAUUUUGCAUUAUCCGUUUUCAAUGUACCGUUGACAAAAUACAAAAGCCAAAAUCCAUACUCAUUGUAUCAGAGAAGAAUGAUGCAUAACAACAAAAGAUCUUAUAACCAGACAGAAAACAAUGAGUAAAGUGCAAUAAAUAGUUGCUAUUAUCACAAUAAUAAAAGCUGGUCGCUAAAGUAACAUGAGAACUCUAAAAGAAACCAACAAAAUGUAGUUAAUUUAUUCGUAUACAUAUACAAGUAUACCUAAACAUUUACAGGUAUAAAUAUACUAUUAAUUUGAACAUGUAUUAUACAUACAAAAAAUAUCAAUCAUUGUUCAAUAAUGAGUCAACAUAACACUAAAGAUGAUAUACCUAUAUAAGAAACAAAUUGGCAAUUGAAGAUUUAUUCACAAAACCGUGAAGUAAUUUCUUUUUCAUACGUAAAUUAGGUAUCACUAUCUUGCACCGUGAAUUUGUAUAAUAAUCCUAUAAGAACAUUGAAAAAGUUCAGAUAAAACGUGGGAGAUAUGUGUUUAUCGAAUACAUGUUAUCAAUCUAAAAAUUUAGCAAUCGUUGUAUACUGAUUCAGGUAUUAUGUGAGCACAACUUACAAAAGUAUAUCACAGUGUUGACAAA